AUGGAAACCAAGUCACAGAUCGAGCAAAUUCUCAAAAGAAGAUUCUUUGUAACACCAACAGGCUAUCCACCCUUGAAUGGUUUCCUGGACUAUGGUCCUGUACUCGCCCAAAUCAAGCAGCAAAUCGUCGUCGAGUACAAAAAAGUAUUCUUAGACGAGGAUGUUUUUGAAAUCGAGCCGAGUAUUGUCCUUCCUUACGAAGUUUUGAAGAACUCUGGACACGUGGAUAAGUUCUGUGACGUUAUUAUUUCCGAUGGCCAAGAUAUAUUCAGGGCUGAUCAUUUCAUUGAGGAUAAAAUAGGAAGCAUCUUAACAUUACCGAUUGAUAUUAGGGAAAAUUUUCAAGAACUAAUGAAGAGAGUUACAGAAAUGAAAUCUGAAAUUGUCAGUGCCAAAAAGCUAAGUGCAACAACCAAUACCAUUAAUAAUUCUGUCCAGAAUCUUUCAUUGAAUCCGGAGACCACCCAACUAACAGAAGAUGAAGUGAGUAAAAUUUUGUCAAAGUUUUCAUGUGCCCCUAAGCAUCUGGCAGAUCUGAACAAAGAUGAGAUUGAUUUUGUUGUAAACCUUCACAAUCUUUAUCCGCCAUCUGGAAAGCCUUUUGAGCCAGCACGCGACUUUAAGCUGAUUUUCAGUCUGAACGAGAGACAGUUUCUUAGGCCAGAGCUUGCCCAAUCUAUGUUUACUAAUUUUAGGAAGCUGUUUGAGUUGAAUAACGAAAGAUUGCCAUUCGCCAGUCUUUGUAUCGGAAGAAGUUACAGAAAUGAAAUCAGCGCCCGUGGUGGAAUGCUGAGGACAAAGGAAUUUGAGCAGGCAGAAAUUGAGUAUUUUACCGAAGAUGGAAAUCAUUCUGGAUUUGAAUCUGUUAGAAGCGUCCGGAUGCUCAUCCUUCCAAAUACAUGUCUAAAACCAUACUCGGUAACACUCGGGGAGGCAUAUGACACCAAAACCAUUUCAUCCCAGGCAGUGUGCUACUUCCUUGCAAAGGCACAGGAAUUUUGUUUGAAUAUUGGCAUCAAGUUAGAAAACUUAAGGUAUCGGCAGCACAAUAAGAACGAAAUGGCGCACUAUGCAGAUGACUGCUGGGAUGUUGAAAUUAAGACGCUCUCUGGAUGGAUUGAAUGUGCUGGAAUUGCUGAUCGGUCAAAUUUUGACUUAACAGUGCAUUCCAGAGACGUAAACACGCAGGUUAAAAGAUCAAUACCACCUAGAGUAUCAUACGAAGUAGUUCCAAACAAGAGUGAUUUGGGAAAGAGGCUAAAAUCCAAGUUUAAAGAUUUCCAGGAAUACUUAUCCAAUCUUGAUCAAGACUUUAUCGUCAGAAAUACAAAGGGAAACUUCAUCGAUGUUGAAUUUGAGGGCCAAUGUUACACAUGCAGUGUGGAAUCUAGGGUGAUUGAUUGUGAAUUUUUCAUUCCACGUGUGAUUGAGCCGUCAUUUGGUAUUUCCAGGGUUCUUUAUUGCUUGGUUGAACAGAGCUUUAUGAUUCGUGACGACAGGAAUGUCCUAAGUCUUAAGCCGAAGAUGUGCUAUCUCCAUUGUGUGAUUGGCUUUUUGAAAUAUCUGGAUGAGUUUGAGGAACCGUUGAAGACAUUAAAGAAUGAUUUGAAAGCUCUAUCUCUUCGGAUUAAAAUUACUGAGAGAGGAUGCUCGAUAGGGCGGAAGUAUUCAAGCUUUGACGAGUUGGGAGUUCCCUUCUUUGUUACAUUUGAUUUUUUAACACCAGACGAUAAACAGGUCACGAUUAGAGAAAGAGACUCAAUGUCGCAGAUAAGGAUUCCAUUAGAUUCAGUGGCUAGUAUUUUGAGAGAGCUGGUUGACGAAAAGACCACGUGGAGUGUUUUAUUUGCAAAGCAUGGUAUUUCCAAUUAA